AUGCUGCCCAUCACAGAGCACCUGCUGCACCUCCUGGGACUGGAGAAGACGGCGUUCCGUUUGUAUGCCCUGUCCGGGCUCCUUCUCUCCCUGCUCUUCUUCCUCUUCCGUCUGCUGCUGCAGUUCCUGAGGCUCUGCUGGCACUUCUAUAUCACCUGCUGCCGACUGCGCUGCUUCCCCCAGCCGCCCCGGCGCAGCUGGCUGCUGGGCCACCUGGGCAUGUAUCUCCCGAAUGAGACAGGCCUCCAAGAUGAGAAGAAGGUGCUGGACAGCAUGCACCAUGUGAUCCUGGUGUGGAUAGGACCUGUCCUGCCACUGGUGGUUCUGGUGCACCCUGACUACAUCAAGCCCCUGGUGGGCGCCUCAGCUGCCGUUGCCCCCAAGGAUGACCUUUUCUAUGGCUUUCUGAAACCUUGGCUGGGAGAUGGGCUGUUGCUCAGCAAAGGGGACAAGUGGAGCCGGCACCGUCGCCUGCUGACACCUGCCUUCCACUUUGACAUACUGAAGCCCUACAUGAAGAUCUUCAACCAGUGCGCCGAUAUCAUGCAUGCUAAAUGGCAGCGCUUGGCAGAGGGCUCAGAAGUCUCCCUGGACAUGUUUGAGCAUGUCAGCCUCAUGACCCUGGACACUCUUCAGAAAUGUGUCUUCAGCUACAGCAGCAACUGCCAGGAGAAGAUGACUGAUUACAUCUCGGCCAUCAUUGAGCUGAGCGCACUGGUGGUCCGGCGUCAGUAUCGCCUGCAUCACCACAUUGACUUCAUCUAUUACCGUACAGCAGACGGACGGCGUUUCCGGCAGGCCUGUGACACCGUGCAUCACUUCACCACGGAGGUCAUCCAGGAGCGGCGGCGGGCGCUGCACCAGCUGGGGGCUGAGGCCUGGCUUAAGGCCAAGCAGGGCAAGACCUUGGACUUCAUAGAUGUGCUGCUCCUGGCCAGGGAUGAAGAUGGGAAGGAACUGUCAGAUGAGGACAUCCGAGCUGAGGCAGACACCUUCAUGUUUGAAGGUCAUGACACGACAUCCAGCGGGCUCUCGUGGGUGCUGUUCAACUUGGCCAAGUACCCAGAGUACCAGGAGAAGUGCCGGGAAGAGAUCCAGGAAGUCAUGAAAGGUCGGGAGCUGGAGGAACUGGAGUGGGAUGACCUAACCCAGCUAUCCUUCACCACCCUGUGCAUCAAGGAGAGCCUCCGCCAGUUCCCACCUGUGACCCUGAUCUCCCGCCGCUGCACGGAGGACAUUAAGCUCCCAGAUGGGCGCAUCAUCCCCAAAGGAAUCAUCUGCCUAGUCAGCAUCUAUGGGACCCACCAUAACCCUACAGUGUGGCCUGACUCCAAGGUGUACAACCCCUAUCGCUUUGACCCGGACAACCCACAGCAGCGCUCCCCGCUGGCUUACAUGCCCUUCUCUGCAGGACCCAGGAACUGCAUCGGACAGAGCUUCGCCAUGGCUGAGAUGCGCGUGGCCGUGGCGCUGACGCUGCUGCGCUUCCGCCUGAGCGUGGACCGAACGCGCAAGGUGCGGCGGAAGCCCGAGCUCAUUCUGCGCACAGAGGAUGGCAUCUGGCUCAAGGUGGAGCCGCUGCCUCCGCGGGCCUGCGGGUCGGCGCGCCCCUGA